UCGACACUUGAUGACGAUGUGUUGGGCGCUUUAAAAAAAAAAAUACUGGUAGCUACCGUUAGCUAAACAACGAACGUUAACUUCGUUGGAAAUGGCAGCACAUCUCAAAAAGCGAGUUUACGAAGAAUUCUCAAAAGUUGUCCAGCUUCCCCAAGAGGAGGCUCCAGCCAAGAAGCUCCGUCUGACCAAACCAAGUAAGUCUGCAGCGCUGCACAUUGACCUGUGUAAGGCCUCCAACCCCACUAAUGCCUUGCAGUACCUGCUGCACUUUGCCCGCAGCUCCAUGGAGGCAGAGGGGGUGGUGUGCAUACUGCUGGAACACUACUACAAGGAGCAGGAUAACUCGGUCCGGCUGAAGAUUGCCUCUCUGAUCGGCCUGCUUAGUAAGACCCAGAACUUCAGCCCUGAGAGUAUCCUAGAUGACACCCUCAACACAGAGAAGUUCCACCAGGUCCUGGCUCAGCUGCUUGACACUCUGUUGGUCAUCGGCACUCAGCUCCCAGAAAGCCCUACUGUUAGACACAGACUCAUAGAGGUGGGCUGCAAGAGGAAACGUACUGCUCAUGAGCGGGCCAGGGAGCUCUAUGCGUCUGGUGAGUCCAAGGAGAAGAUGGACACCUCAGCUGUCAACCUGAUCGCCUCGGGAGGCCUGCGGAGCCUUUGUUCACGGACUGGAGGACGAGAUGUACGAGACCUACAGAGACUGGGGAAGCUACAGACAGAGCUGGCAGGGGCUGCUGACUUUUCUGCCACCUACCUCCACCGCCAACUACUGCUCAGUUGAAACUCUCAUCAGUGUCUGUGAGAAAUUCCUUCAGGAGGUAGAAUCCUUUCAGAGGUAUAUUAUCUAUUUAUUUUAACUAUCAUUUAAUCUACCAAUCAUUUAAUCUAUUUUAUUUCAUAAAUGUUUGAUAUCAUUGAAAACAAAAAAGACAGAAUAUUUAUCCUAUAAAAGAAAAUAAGCAGAAACUGAUGCAUUUGUAUUUAAUUGGGCAACUGAAUUGUUGUUUUAAUUUAUCGCCACAUGGUGGCAACAGUGACCUUGCAGAAAGCACUCCAUUUUAUUUUGGUAUUCUGAUGAAUCCUAACCUCUAUGCCUCCAAGAUGUUUGUGGUGGAGCUGCCCCACCUCCAGGAAAGUUUUGUGGGGAAGCUGUUGGACGUGAGUCCCAGGCUGUCUGCCUGCAAGCCUGGAGAACUGGUCAAGAUUCUUCAGACCACACUGAGACAGAGUGUCUUCUUAAACCUUCAAUUACCUAAACAGGUACACAGAACACACACACACACACACACAGGUAUUUGACCCAGGUGUGGUUUGUAUUGGUUGGCAGGUCCAGCGUGCAUCAGCGACCAUCAUCGAGCCGACAGGAGAGUCUGACAACCCGCUGCAUUUCACCUCUGGCCUGGUGGUGGCGCUAGACAUUGACGCUACGCUGGAGCACGUACAAGACCCCCACAACACUGUCAAAGUACAGGUGCUGUAUCCAGACGGCGAGUCUCAUGUGAUUCAGCCUAAACCUGGAGACUUCAGGAGUCCUGGACCACACCGCCACAUCACACAGGUCUACUUGUCUCACUGCGCAUGGACUGAGGCGUGUCAGAUCGAGGUGAGGCUGCUGCUGGCCUACAGCUCAUCUCGUCUCUGUAAGACAGCGUAAAGCUACAGCAGCAUUGAAGGCCUCCAGCCAGCAGAGGGUGCCACUGAGGGAACCAUUCCCUUCAGCAAACCUGUCAUGGUCUUCAUCAUGCCCAAACCUGCCCGCCGCUGACACCAAACACACCUCUUUAAACAUCCAUCUCCCUUUCCCUAUCCUCUAGUCUUUUCUAUUUUGUCUGUUGUCUUCUCCCUCUCCCACCCCUGACCUGCUUCUCCUCAGUCAUUGGUGCAGACCUCAAAGCUGGUCCUUCCUUACUGUGUUAAUUUUUCCAAACAAUAUAUUUGUUAGUGGCUGGCUGACUAGCUGACUGGCCUUUAUGCUCAACUAGAAUGAGAAUUUGUCCCAAAUAGGUCCCUAUUCCCUAUAUAGUGCACUACUUUUGACCACUGUAAAGGGAAUAGGGUGCCAUUUGGAAUUCCGCCCGAGACUAAGCCAGAGUAUCACUGAGGUCACCUGUCUGAUCUGUGUGUUGCUAUAGUUAAGGACAAACUUUUUUUGAAUGACAAUAAAUGAAACCAUAUGGUAUGAUUUCAUCAGAA